GCAGGCAUCGCUGCUCUGGCUCCAUGGUUUUAGAGACGCUUGCUGUCUCCACAGGGUCCUCAUCUACUGUUUCAGUUCUAAACAGCUUGCGAUACGAACUGGGCAGUGUUUUCUCUUAAACGGCUUGAUUUUCUUAGGAAGUAUCUUUAUGGUAAACUCGGUUGUCAUUCCUACACUACAAUGGAUAUUACCUGAUCAAUGCCCACAUUCUGGUUCUCAAAAUUUGUGCUCAUCUGGUGGUAUUUUAAAACUUUACUCAUUCUUACGUCUUGGAUUUCUACAACUCUUCUAUGUAUUUGGGUUCUACCCAUUGUAUGUAUUCAGCUUUAUUCUAAGCAGUUUGUGGUACAGUGACGUUGCUAAACAUGGCUUUCUUGUGAUUGGAAAAUAUGGGCCUACCUUCGCAGAAAUGCCAAUCCAACCAGAGCUAUUGAGCUCUUCAAAUGCAACUCAGAUGGAUAAGUGUACUGAUAUUGGGGGGGUCGUGAUUGGAAUAGACGAACAGGUCUAUUCAGUCCUCCUUUUGAGCUUUUUCUUCUUGGAGGUACAAAUGGAUUUUCUCUGGAUUGAGUUUGGACAAAAGGCUUGACUUCUUUGAAUCCAACUGGAUAUUUUUUGCUGGUUUUGGAAACCCUUGUGUUUUGGCUAUAUUCCUUUUCUCUCCUCUUGUGAGCUACGGGGUCAUGGCUAUAGUCUUUCCUCUGUUUGUUCUGACAGCAACAGGUUCAGAUGCUGACAAACUCAUUACUUCUCAAAGAAGCAAAUAGAAGGGCGCAGGUUUGGGAAGGCUUCCAAUAUUUUCUUCUGCAAAUUAUUUGUUGUAAGCUACAGUUUCACCACUAUCUCUUGGGUUGAAAAUUUUAAUUUAAUGAGAUUUUUAAUGUAUUUAAUCAUUUCAAUUUAUAGGAAUUUAAGGACU